AUGUUUCAACGGCCAGCUUGUUUACAGGGCCGGCGACAACGCCAUGGAUCCGGUGAGGAUUGGUCCAAAUUUCCCAUUCGACAAUUAUUCGUCUUAGCACUGGUCCGAAUUUGUGAACCCAUUGCUUUCAUGUCCAUUUUCCCUUAUGUGUAUCACAUGGUGGAAUCAUUCCAUGUGACGGACAACGACCAGAAGAUUGCGCUCUACGCCGGAAUGAUCACCUCUUCUUUCACCUUCGCCGAAUUCUCCGCUGGCAUGUUCUGGGGCCGGAUGAGCGACCGCAUCGGCCGGAAGCCUGUGCUCAUCAUGGGGUUGGUGGGAACGGCCAUCAGCAUGGUAGCCUUUGGAUUUGCGCCCAACCUGGCGACGGCGAUGAUUGCGCGCGCUCUAGGGGGUCUGCUGAACGGCAAUAUUGGUGUUCUUCAGACGACCGUGGCGGAGAUCGUCACGGUCAAGGAGCAUCAGCCUCGAGCCUACUCUAUCAUGCCCUUUGUCUGGUGUCUCGGUUCGAUCGUUGGGCCGGCUAUGGGCGGUGCCCUGGCCCAACCCUGCGAGAACUAUCCGUGGCUCUUUGCGCGAGAGACCUUCUUUGACCGAUUUCCAUUCCUGCUGCCCAAUCUGGUUUGCAUUAUCGUCCUGAUCUGUGGCAUCGUUGUCGGUACCCUGUUUCUGGAAGAGACCCACCCGGAGAAGAAGCACCGCCGUGACCCUGGCGUGGAGUUGGGCCACUGGCUCGUCAACCAAUGCUGGGGCUCGCGCGUGCAACUCCCCGAGGAUUCCGACGUGGUCGAAGAGACCAAAUACUUCGUCUACGGGGAUAUGCCGCCCGAGUACGAGAGUGCCGAAUCAUCGCCUUGCCUGCGCCCCGUGAAGGACGCCUCAACAACCUCCGAGUGUGACCUCGAGGGUCAGAAAUCCCCCGCUCCCAAGGCGUUCACCCGACAAGUCAUCAUCACCAUCGCUGCUUACGGCAUUCUGGCAUACCACAGCGUCUCCUUCGAUCAGCUGAUGCCAGUCUUUCUGAGCACACCCAAAUCCGACGACCGCGUUGUUUUGCCCUUUGAGUUCACUGGUGGACUCGGGCUUCCCACCAAGACCAUUGGUCUGAUGUUAGCCGUGCAGGGUGUCUACUCCAUGAUUGCCCAACUAUGGCUAUUCCCAUUCGUUGUCAAGCACUUUGGCACUGUGCGCACGUUCCGUUUCGUGCUGCUUGUCUGGCCACCGCUCUAUUUGGCCGUGCCCUAUCUUAUUCUCCUGCCGGCUAAAUUGCAGAUGCCAGCCGUCUACCUCGCCCUGAUCAGCAAGAUCACCUUCCAUGUCAUCACCUUCCCCGCCAUCAACAUCAUCCUUGCUAAUGCCGCCCCCACAUCGAAGGUCCUGGGCUCUAUCAACGGUGCUGCUGCUUCCACUGCUAGCCUCAGUCGUGCCUUUGGACCGACAAUAACCGGUCUUCUGCACUCCAAGGGGCUUGAGAGCGGACACUCCGUGCUGGCAUGGUGGGCCUGUGGUCUCGUCUGCUUGAUUGGUGCCUUCCAGAGCUUUUGGAUGGAGGAAUCUUCAGAGCCUGAGCGGUUCAAGGACCAGCCUGAAGUGAGUGAGGCGGAGAUGAAGCGAGAAGCUCUCUCAGAGCCUUUCACCCCGCGCACUUCUAUCUCCACGAUCUCGGAAGAGGAGCAGCGACUGCUUUCUCUACGUUCCAGCAUUGACCACGAUUACGACGUUUCAAAUCUGAACUUGACCAUGCCUACCUCCGAUGAGGAUUUGACGUCAGUUCCUCGCAUUUAA